CGAGAAUAGUAAUUGUAGCUACACCUCUUUCAACGCUUCCAGCAUGUCCCUAGACGAAAUUCCCCCUCUUCCCGAGACCGUCGCCGACGGCAGGCCAUCAUCUGAUGAUGAGGACAGCCUCGAAGAUGAAGGUCCUCCCGAGCUAAUUUUCCCCCCAUUUCCCAAACUUCCGUCUGGCGCUUCUUUGAUUCCUUUCUCGGAGUCAGAAGUCAAAGGCGCUUGGAUUCCUCCAUUUUCCGCGAAUCGGGAAGAGGAUGGCAAGAACUUUGCUACUCCUCACGACCACCAAGGUCUUCCUCUCGUGGAGAUGGAGCGCCCAUACACCGGCCUUAACCAUACUUUUGAAGAGCGUGAGAGACACAAGAAAAUGAAACGUCGUGCCGCCAAUGAUCGAAAAAAGGAGAAUCCUAAUGCCACUCAAACUACGAGGUCAAAGAUGAAAAAGGCCUCUGAAUCACGUUUGAAGGAGGAAGACUGUUGGAAAAUUGGAGACCCUUUGUCGGGCUGGCAUGAACCCGCCGGUACCUCCAGCACCCGGUUUGAAAUUUCGUCUCCCCCGUUCUCCCGCCUUAUUCACGCUACAGCCGAUUUCAUUAGAUCCCGCGAUGCCGAAUUGCAGUACAAAUACAACAAGCGCCUCUUUGACAUUAUCCGAGACCUGUUUGGUAUCCGAACCUCUUACAUUGGACGCCACUGGCCUGGGAGCGGACCCAACGCGACAAUAUAUGCCAGCAGGCGGAGGCGAUAUGAGACUGGUCUCGCGCCAGUGCUUCUCCCUUCUCAACGAUACGGGCAGUACGGUAACAGGCCGCCUAGACUGGAGGAAACUUGUGUCUUGCUUAGAGAGCCUGAAAACAGCGUCCGUCAAUUUUUGACUUUUGCAAGGAAGGAAGUUGAAACAGCAUGGGAGUUUGAACCGGCUCUUAAGCUUGCUACCAUGACCGCUGCUUUCAUCUCAUUCUUGGCUCACCACAAUGUCUUCCCUGAACCUGCCUUGCAUUCAGCAUUCAAGAAAGCUGCUGCUAUUGCUCGAUCCGGUCCAGCAAAGCUCAUCCGAGCCCGGGAAUUGGAGAACAUUCUGGUCCGAGGGACUCGUUGGAAUAGAGCCAGCUGGGCUGUUUGGGGAGGUUCUCAUAGUGGACCUGAACCCGGUGGCCCUGAGAAGGAAAGCCAAUGGGGAUCACUCUCUACGGAGUUUCAAGCCUCUGAAGAGAAGACUAAGCCUGAAAAUCCUGACGAAGCUGAAACUGGAGACUCUGACGAAGCAGGCGGCUGGACUGUUGAUGAAAUCCUUGACAAGCGCCUUGACCCGCCUACCAAGGAAGAUGCUAUCAACGCUGUCCAUUCACUUAUCCAGCCCUUCUCAAUUGAUGACAUUCACCUCAUUCAAAACAUCGAGUUCUCCAACCGUAUCAUCAUCGCAGUGUUGCCUCCUCAGCCAGCUGAGGCCGGUGCUCCUGCUUAUAUCUCCAAAUGUUACCGAAUUGUCACCAUCAAAUCCCCCUUACAGCCGACAUUUAAGAAAUCGCUCCCUAUCCAGACCAACCGUGAUGACGCAGAGGAUGGAGACGGUGAGGAAGAAACAGAUAAGGAGCAGAAUACUCCUGAACCUGAGGAGCUGAUUAUCUGGGUGGAGGCUGAGGAUUUCGCAGGCAAGAAUGGAGGUAUAGGGUAUGUUGGGAUGAGCUUACAGGGACGUUGGGGUUUGAUGGGCCUCAAGGAAGAUAAGGACAAGUCUGCCAAAUAUGACCAAUGGUGGGCAUUCAAGGCUUCAGACUUUGUGCUCCCCGCCAUGUAAUAUAGAUAAUAAUUCGGACGACUGAUAUUGGAUCAUACGGCCUUUUUUACAUUUUGACGGCAAUCCUGCUACGAAAAGUAGGCAGUCAUACCAUUGUAGAUCGUUAGAUUGUUCUAUGCAAACC